AUGAGAGUGCUGGGAUGUUUCCUGACAAAUCCGGAAGUCGGAAAGUGCUGCAUGAACGGCUACUUGGCUGAGUUUGUAUUCCUGGGCCUGUUUCUGGCAGAGAUGUCCAUGAAAAUGUACGGCCUCGGACCCCAGAACUACUUCCACUCCUCGUUCAACUGUUUUGACUUUGGGGUGAUUAUUGGCAGUAUUUUUGAGGUGAUCUGGGCUGCCAUCAAACCUGGGGCCUCAUUUGGGAUUAGUGUCCUGCGAGCUCUGAGACUGCUCAGGAUCUUCAAAGUCACCAAGUACUGGAACUCUUUGAGGAACCUGGUGGUAUCUCUGCUCAACUCCAUGAAGUCUAUCAUCAGCCUGUUGUUCCUCCUCUUCCUCUUCAUCGUGGUCUUCGCUCUGCUGGGCAUGCAGCUGUUUGGUGGCCAGUUUAAUUUUGAAGACGAAACGCCGACAACUAACUUUGACACGUUCCCAGCAGCCAUUCUCACCGUCUUCCAGAUCCUAACUGGGGAAGACUGGAACGCAGUCAUGUACCACGGCAUCGAGUCGCAGGGGGGCGUUCAUGGGGGAAUGUUCUCCUCCAUUUAUUUCAUCGUUCUCACUCUCUUUGGAAACUACACACUCCUCAACGUGUUCUUGGCCAUCGCUGUUGAUAACCUUGCAAAUGCCCAGGAGCUCACUAAGGAUGAGGAAGAGCAGGAGGAGGCCAUCAAUAAGAAACUCACCCUCCAGAAGGCCAAGGAGGUAAAGGAGGUCAGCCCCAUGUCAGCCGCUAACAUUUCCAUCACAGCGUAACAGCAGAAGUCAAUGAAGACAAUGUCGGUGUGGGAGCAGAGGGCCAACCAGCUGAGGAGGCAGAACCGGGCGAGCUGUGAGGCCCUGUACAGUGAACUGGAGCCUGAGGAGCGCCUCCGUCUGUCCUCGGCCCCCCACAAGACCCACCACGACCGGCCACUGCUUGUCGAGCCCUGCGACGGGCCUAUGCUGGGCGGCCACCAGCACCACCAUCAUAAGCCCUGCAUGCCAGAGGAGGGUGAAACUGCCGCCGACCCUCCUGUGCCUCACCAGCCUCGCCGCCACCACCGCCACAGAGACAGGGACCGCACCAGAAAUAAAGAGGAGACAAAUGAUAACGGUGACACUGGUGGGAGACACCACGUCCAUCACAGUCGCUCCAAAGAUUAUGAUGGCAGUCGGGGCAAAGAGGGGAAGAGCGAGAGGUCCCGCAGCCGAGAGGGAGGCAGGAGGCAUCACCAUCAGAGCUCGGUGGAUGACAGCGGAGGUGGAGGAGUCACGAGCGAGAGAGAGCAUCGCCAUCAUCAUUCACACCGGCAGUCCCGAGGGGGCAACGGGACAGUGAACAGUGGAGGGAGGGGAGAGCGAAGAUCCCGGCACAAAGAUGGACGUUCUUCUCACAGGGAUGGGGACAGGAGUUCCAGGGGAGACAGCGGCGCCAAUGGAGAGAGGAGGAGACAUCGGACUCAUGGAUCCAGGGGCCAAUCCACAGUUGAGGGAGAGGAGUCCAACGAAAGAGAGAAGACUCAUGGUCACAGGGACAGGUUUGGUGACUCAGAGGGGGAGUCCCUAGCCAUCUCCCCUCAGCAGGACUCUAAGGGGGCCAACUGGCCUCCUGACGGACCAGAGGACUCAGACAACCAGCGGAAUGUCCAACGAACUGGCCGAAGCUCCAUCCAAAUUCCUCCUGUGACUAUCACCUCCCCACCUGGAGAGACCACCCUCAUACAAAUGAACAGUAUUGACUGUGAGACAAUGCCCAUGAAUGAGAAGACCCUGGAGGACCUCGGUCAAAGUGGUCCCAAACCCAUCCUGCCUUACAGUUCUAUGUUCAUCUUUGGACAGACCAAUCCGGUGAGGCGGUUGUGUCACUACAUUGUGACCCUGCGUUAUUUUGAGAUGUCCAUCCUGGUUGUCAUAGCUAUGAGCAGCAUCGCUUUAGCAGCAGAGGACCCUGUCUGGACAAAUGCCCCUCGCAACAAUGUGCUCAAAUAUCUGGACUACGCCUUCACUGGUGUUUUCACUUUUGAAAUGGUGAUAAAGAUGGUGGACUUGGGCCUGCUGCUUCAUCCUGGAUCCUACUUCAGAGACCUGUGGAACAUUCUGGACUUCAUAGUGGUCAGUGGGGCGCUGGUGGCUUUUGCAUUUUCGGGGACCAAAGGCAAAGACAUCAGCACUAUCAAGUCACUGAGGGUUCUCCGAGUACUCAGGCCUCUCAAGACCAUCAAACGUCUGCCGAAGCUCAAGGCAGUGUUCGACUGUGUGGUCAACUCUUUGAAGAACGUGCUGAACAUCCUCAUCGUUUACAUCCUCUUCAUGUUCAUCUUUGCCGUCAUUGCAGUUCAGCUCUUCAAAGGAAAAUUCUUCUUCUGCACAGACGAGUCCAAGGGCCUGGAGAAGGACUGCAAAGGACAGUUCUUGGACUACGACAAAGACGAGGUAGCUGCCAUGACCCGAGAGUGGAAAAAAUAUGAUUUCCAUUAUGACAAUGUGCUGUGGGCCUUCCUGACGCUCUUCACUGUUUCCACUGGGGAGGGCUGGCCAACUGUACUGAAGCACUCUGUGGAUGCCACCUUUGAAGACCAGGGUCCCAGUCCAGGCUACCGGAUAGAAAUGUCCAUCUUCUAUGUGGUCUACUUUGUGGUCUUCCCUUUCUUCUUUGUCAACAUCUUCGUCGCUCUGAUCAUCAUUACCUUCCAGGAGCAGGGAGACAAGGCCCUGUCUGAGUGCAGCUUGGAGAAGAACGAGAGGGCAUGCAUAGACUUUGCCAUAAACGCCAAACCUCUGACACGCUACAUGCCAGAGAACACGCAGUCCUUCCAGUACAGGAUGUGGAAGUUUGUGGUCUCAGCUCCGUUUGAGUACUCCAUCAUGAUCAUGAUCGCUCUCAACACUGUGGUACUCAUGAUGAAGUUCCACGGAGCUCCAGAGUUCUAUGAAGCGAUGCUGAAGAACCUCAAUAUAGUCUUCACCACUCUCUUCUCUCUGGAGUGUAUCCUCAAGAUCAUUGCUUUUGGUCCUCUGAACUACCUGAAGGACGCCUGGAACGUGUUUGACUUUGUGACAGUGCUGGGCAGCAUCACUGACAUCCUGGUGACUGAAAUCAAUACUACGGACAGACUGCUGAACCUGAGCUUCCUGAGGCUGUUCAGAGCCGCUCGGCUCAUCAAGCUGCUGAGGCAGGGAUACACCAUCCGCAUCCUGCUGUGGACCUUCGUCCAGUCCUUCAAGGCCCUGCCUUAUGUUUGCCUGCUGAUUGCUAUGCUGUUCUUCAUCUAUGCCAUCAUUGGGAUGCAGGUGUUUGGAAACAUUGACCUGAAUGAGGACACAGCUAUCAAUCACCACAACAACUUCCGCACAUUCCUCCAGGCUCUCAUGCUGCUGUUCAGGAGUGCAACUGGUGAGGCCUGGCACGAGAUCAUGUUAUCAUGUCUGAGUCGCCGACCCUGUGACGAGCGAUCAGGGACCCAUGGGAAAGAGUGCGGCAGUGAUUUUGCCUACUUCUACUUUGUCUCCUUUAUCUUCCUGUGCUCCUUCCUGAUGCUGAACCUGUUUGUGGCUGUCAUCAUGGAUAACUUUGAGUACCUAACCAGAGAUUCCUCCAUCCUGGGGCCUCAUCACCUCGAUGAGUUCAUCCGGGUUUGGGCCGAGUACGACCCAGCUGCGUGCGGACGGAUUUCCUAUAAGGAUAUGUACAAUUUGUUACGCGUUAUCUCACCCCCCCUUGGCUUAGGGAAGAACUGCCCUAAUAGGGUAGCAUACAAGCGUCUCGUCAAAAUGAACAUGCCCAUCGCUGAUGACAACACCGUCCACUUCACCUCCACCCUGAUGGCCCUGAUCCGCACCGCCCUGGAGAUCAAACUGGCCUCAGGUAUGGUAGCCCAGCGAUUAUCUGACGCUGAGUUAAAGAAGGAGUUGUCCACAGUGUGGCCCAACCUCUCACAAAAGACCAUGGACCUGUUGGUGACGCCACAUAAACCCAAUGAACUGACGGUAGGGAAGGUUUACGCAGCCCUGAUGAUCUUCGACUACUACAAGCAGAAUCGAGCGAGGAGGCUACAGCUGCAGCAGCAGCAGCAGCAGAACGCGUCAGGCUCCCAGUGCAAGGUCGGGGCUCUGUUUAAGCCAUUGCUGCCUCUGACUCACAUGCAGGAGAAAGGCCUGCCUAUGAUGUUAAACAGUGUGGAGCCUCCCAGCAUGCUUCAGUCCCAGCCCAAAUCCAAUGUCAAGUCCCAGCCACAGACCAGACCUAGCUCCAACUCCCUCAACAAUGGAGGCACGCUGCCAGGUCAUGAUCACAACAUCAAGCCAUCACCUUCCUUGGUGAUGGAGAAAAUGGCUAAGAGAACCAUAUCCAGGGGCCCGUCAGAGGACACACCAGACACUGCCGUCAUUCAGGAGUCAGUGGAGAUGAGGAGGAUGGAGACCAGUGCCAGCAGUACGAUCCCAGUCCCUGGCACGGGUCUGGAGAACCAGGGCAGAGCUGCUUCUAUGCCUCGCCUUACUGCUGAGCUGCAGCGGGGCCACUCACGACACUCUCCAGGGAUCCAUCUACCUUCUGUCCCUGAUGCCAGUCCCAUGAGGCGCUCAGCCUCCACUGCGGCCCCACAGCGACCCCAGGAGGUCAACCUGAGGGACUACACCCUGGAGAAACCCAGCCAGGAGCGGCCCCACCACCAUCACCACCACCACCGCUGCCACCACCGCAGAGACAGGGAUAAAGACAGAGAGAAGAGGCAGAGGUCUUUGGAUACACCUCUAGGUGGACAACCUCCAGCCUCUGCUGGAGAGCCAGGGUCUGACCCAGCUGCCUCCAGAGAGCGAGCCCACGACCGCGGACGCUCCCACGAGAGGAAACACCACCACUCCUCAGCGGACAAGCAGCGCUACUACUCCUGCGACCGCUUCUGCAGCCGGGAACACUGCCACACCAAAUCUGCCACCGCUAGCUGCGCCGCCUCCCCCAGCGAGGGGCAGGAAACCAGCAACAAGCAGGGCAGUGGUUGGGUUAAAGGCAGCCCAGUGGCACUGAGUUCCAGUUCUAGCACGCCAAGCCGCGGACGUCGGCAGCUCCCCCAGACCCCCCUCACCCCACGGCCAGGGGUGGCCUACAAGACUGCCAAUUCUUCCCCCGUGCACUUUGUGUCCAGCCAGGCCUCUCUGAGUCCUGGCCGGCUGAGCCGCGGCCUGUCGGAGCACAACGCCCUCCGGCACAGCGGCUCCCGCCACUUCCCCUGCCCUGUCACUCGUAUCAGCUCCGAGCCCUUCUUGGGCCGGGGCCAUGGCGAUGCCCUGGGCAGCCCCUACGGCAGCCUCCGGGACCAGCUAGACGUCUUCCAGGAUGUGGCGUCACUGUCGCCCAGCCCCCGUGCCGGACGCUCAUCUUGGACCGCACUGCCUCGCAUGAUGGGAGCCCUGCUUCCGGCUCCACAGCAGAACCUUGGGGUGCCCAAUGGGUACCACUUCAGCUACGGGGGCAACACCAGCCCAGGCUCUGGCGUCAGGGCACCCAGGUAUUACCAGGAGGCAGAGGAGGACGAAUGGUGCUAGCAUGGCUUUAAACCAACCUUUUUAAUGCAUUUUUGAGGAACUGUGAUGAGUUUUAUCAUCUUCUUUGAAGGCUUUAGUUUACAUUGUCACUGUGU